AGUACAAUCCAUUCUGAUCCGCACUCCAUACCACCUUGUGGCGGUAAUGCACCAUUUAGUUGUUUGCCAACCGCCAAUGAAAAAAAAAAAGAAGUAGAAGAAGAAAAGUCGUACCCGACGACGCUCGCAGGCGCCGAAGCACAAGACCGCGAAUCAAACAAACUGCAAGCUGAAUUAUUUCGGUUCCUGUGCGGGUCCGAACUGGUAGAGUGUGAGUGUGAGUUGGCGGGCACGGAGCUGUGGAGCACUGGUAAAUGCCAAAGUUAUUUGAAACUCUUUUUGGCGCACAAAGCAUGAACUGUGACCACAGUAGGUUUGAGUGCAUGCUAGCGGGUGUUGCUAACAUUAGCUCCUCAGCUAACUUCAGCUCGCCAAUGUGUUGGUAUCAAUGAGGGAGGCUGUCAAGACGUGCUGCUCGGAGACAUACGGUAGUCGGGUAGAGACCCGUUUGUCACCAGUAUUUUGCACAUGGUACCAUUUAGAUGAUGCAUUAUAUAUGUUGGCCAUAAGUGAAUGAACGAGUGAAGUAACGUACAUGAGUAAAAGCUAAAUGUGGCGAUUAGCCAGCCAUGGAUGUGUUCGCGCCACACAUUUGGGUUCAGGUCAUUUGCAAGUUCUGCACUCUAACCUUGAGGAUGCACGGUGCUGUGUAUUUACUGGCAAUCGAGUGUAUGUCCGAGUAAACCUGGGUUCUGUCUGACUUUUUCAGGCACGACAUAGCUGCCAGGGAGAAGACGCGAGAAGAGGGUGUUUCUGCCGGUCCGCUGUGGUUGUCGGUGCUUUUCUUCUGUUAUAGACUCUAAACGCACAGCUUUGAGGCACCUGCUGCGGGAAGUUACUUCCUGCUCUUGGGUGGCAGUGAAUUAACGCGAGGGGCAUCAGAGAUGGACCAGAACAACAGUGUACCUCCCUUCCAGGGGGGGGGCUCCCCUCAGGGCUCCAUGACCCCAGGCAUGUCAAUAUUCAGUCCCAUGAUGCCAUAUGGCUCAGGACUGACACCCCAGCCUGUCCAGAACACCAAUAGUUUGUCUAUACUGGAGGAACAGCAGAGGCAACAGCAGCUGCAGCAGGCACAGCAGGCAAACACAGGACUUCCUGGCACGUCUGGGCAGACCCCUCAGCUUUAUCAUUCCCAGGCGGAUGCAGGCUCGACCACCACAGCGCUGCCAGGAAACACGCCGCUCUACGGCACGCCGCUGACCCCCAUGACCCCCGUCACACCGGCCACACCAGCCUCAGAGAGCUCUGGAAUAGUACCGCAGCUACAAAACAUCGUAUCUACUGUAAAUUUGGGCUGUAGACUGGACUUGAAGACGAUCGCCCUGAGAGCCAGGAAUGCAGAGUACAACCCAAAGCGUUUUGCUGCUGUCAUCAUGAGAAUACGAGAACCCAGGACCACUGCUCUCAUCUUCAGUUCUGGAAAGAUGGUCUGCACUGGAGCCAAGAGUGAGGACCAGUCGAGGCUAGCUGCCAGAAAAUACGCUCGCGUGGUGCAGAAGCUUGGGUUUCCUGCUAAGUUCCUGGACUUCAAGAUUCAGAACAUGGUGGGAAGCUGCGAUGUGAAGUUCCCCAUUCGUCUGGAAGGAUUAGUCCUCACGCAUCAGCAGUUCAGCAGCUAUGAACCAGAGCUGUUUCCGGGACUGAUUUACAGAAUGAUCAAACCUAGAAUUGUCCUGCUCAUCUUUGUCUCUGGGAAAGUUGUCCUCACAGGUGCCAAGGUGAGAGGAGAGAUCUAUGAAGCGUUUGAAAACAUUUAUCCCAUCCUGAAAGGCUUCCGCAAGUCAACGUAGAACCUGCGAACCUUUUUAUCACCGACUCUUUGUACUGUUGUUUUUUUAUUCACAAGAAGAAUCGUCAUCUAAACGUUGACCUCUACAGAUGGACUGUGGUACAGGGAUGUGAGCCGUCGAUUGCUCAGAUUAUUUUAUCCCUCGUCUUUUUUAGAUUUUUUGGACAAACAGGAUUUUUACAUUUUUUUUUUUUUCAUGCUCUGGUUUUGAUCACAAGCGCCGGGCAUCUUUUUCACUCAGACCUCUGUUCGUUUUUAUCCCUUUUCUCUGUUUUUUGCCCAGUUUAUUUCAGCUUUUGCCGUUGUGCCGCUCACAUCCCUGAUUGUAUAUAAGAUUGUAAAGAAAUGUAAAAAAUGCCGAUGAGAAGAGAAACGGUCUGACUAGGACUGUUUUUAAGUGUUUAUUUUAAGCCAUUUAAAUAGUUUUGUACGUUGCGUUUUUAUAAAUUGCCCCCAACAUGUUCAGGUCUGUCAGCCCCACAUUCCUCUUAACAGUAUGUUCAAGACUUUAGUUUGAGUGACUAUUUAUCUCAAAUGUGUCUGCUUUUUUGGGCAUUUUAUCUUCUGUCUUUUACAUUUAAAUCGAUGUGAUCUUGAUUUGUCUUUGUCCGAAUUGCAUGGAUUCUUGAAGUGGAAUUUCCCUCAAUUCAAACAUUUAGACAUGAGAGAUGCAGUCAAGUCUUUUAAUCUGUAACUGAAGGUGGAUGCUCUUAAUAUUUAAUUUGACACAAGUUUAACAAAAUUGAUAAAAGUCCUGCUACUUGGUUAAUUCUUUGACUUUUGCGUCACUUGGUUUGGACGACAUUUGUACUUCUAAAUCAACGAGAACAUGAAGAACAGACGCUGUUGAUUCGACUGCCUCCUCUUUUACUUAUCUUAACAUCUUGCAUCUUAUAUUCAGGAGCACUAAAAGAUGUCUGAUAAACUAGGCAUUGUUUUGCCAUGUUUUUGUAUUAUUUGAAGGUUUUUUUUGCCCGUUCUAAAUCAUCGUGACAUUUUUCUGUGACGUGUAUCGGUUGUCCAUACUGUGUGCUCGGCCACUCUUCAAGAAGUAGUAACAUUUUUGGCACGUUAUUGUGUGCGUCUUCCACCCUGAAGUCUGUCUGAGCAGCAGAAGACAAAAGGGAUAAUCAAUACGUUCCUCUGGGACUCUGGAGUUACCAGGAAGCUCCGUCACGCAUUUCAAAAGCAAUUGUUCUUCUGAAAUUGAUAAUGUGCUGCUCUGUGCAUUAAUAAAUGUGUACAUACAGGC